AUGGAUCCUCAGCAGCCUGUUUUUAGCUUGAUGAAGCGGUUCUGUCCUUGUCUCAGUCUGCUGCCGCUGCCAAGUCAGGACUGGAGUAAGAGUGAUGAGAGGCUCCUGCAGGCUGUUGAGCAGAAUGAACCUGACAAAGUCUCCGCUCUCAUCGUCAAAAAAGGUCUCUGUCCCACCAAGCUGGAUGCUGAGGGCAAGUCAGCCUUUCACCUCUGUGCAUCACGAGGCCGACUAGACUGUCUGGAGGUGAUCAUCUCUCAUGGAGCAGAUCUCAACAUCCCUGAUGGUGCCGGCUUCAGCGCCCUUCACCUCGCGGCCAAGAAUGGCCAGCCAGAGUGUUUAAAGAGACUCUUACAGGAAAGGUUGACAGUAGAUUGCACAGACAGCAUUGGCAGGACACCACUUCAUCACGCAGCAGUCAGUGGCUGCUUGUCCUGCACUGAGACUCUGUGGGACUUUAAAGCCAACAUGGAUAACCAAGACAGUGAUGGGGCCACACCUCUGAUCUUAGCAGCCCAGAUGAGCAGAGUGGAGAUUUGUGUGUUCCUGUUGGGACGAGGUGCUAAUGCAAACAUACAGGACAACCAGGGAAGAUCUGCAUUAAUGCUGGCCUGUGAGAGUGACAGUGUUGAAACCGUAGAGGCUCUGCUGAGAGGCGGGGCCAACACACAAGUGGUUGACGCCCUUGGACACAAAGCUGCCGACUACAGUGUAACCACAAGCAACCAACGUGUCAUACAGAUGUUGCAGGAUGGAGUACCUCCAGCUUCUGAGGGCGCAGGCGAGGAGAUGCAGGGUUUGCCACCAUCUCCACAGCCCCACAGUCCUGCUCCCCCUGCACAGUCCCCUGAGCCUCAGUCCCAGUCUCCUUCUCCUUCUCCCCAGCCUCCAGAAGCACAGCAAUCAGCCCAGGCGGAGGACGAGGAGGUGUUUGAAGAGAUCAGACGGCUCCGUCUGGAGAGAGGCCGUCUGCUCCAGAAGAUCAAAGCCUUGGAGCAGCAGCAUCAGAGUGCCAUCUCUGCCUUGGAGGAGCUGUCCGAACUAAAGCAGCGUCUAGAGGAGGCAGAGGCGGAGAGGGACAAGCUGCUUGAGGAGCUGAAGGGAGGUCAUGGAAUAGGGGUCAGUGACUCUGAGGACAUGGAUGAAAUGUUGGACUUCCCAGAGAAGCUGCUCUCGAAGCGCUCCAGAGCCUCCCCUGCUCAGGAUGAGGCCACUUCUCAAGCAGACUCUGACUCAGCCAGCCCCUCUCCUGCCCCUGCAGACCCAGGAGCUGUUGCUGAGCUGCGUAAACAAAUAGAGGAACUUAAGUCACAGAACUCUGAACUUGUUCUCAAAGUACAGAUGCUGGAGAUGUUUGAGAAGGAUGACACAGACAUGCAGACCGCCAGCACGGACUCCGUCCCCUUAGCUCAGUAUGAGACCUUGAGGAAGGAGUUUGAAGCCCUUCAGGAGCGAUUGUCCCUGGCCCAGGCUUCAGAGGAGGCCUCCAGCGUGGCAGAGCAGUGUGGUGAUGACAAGUCUCAGGAAGGAGGUGCAGAUGCAGAGAGCGCAGAGGCUUUGAAGGAGAAGCUGCGUGGGUUGGAAGAGCAGUUGGCAUCUUCCCAGUCUGAGCUGGAGGAGCUGAAGGAGCAGAUGCGGCUUGGGGUGCUUUCUGUGGAGUGUGGUGAGGGGGAUACUGUUGCGGCAGGUGCUGGGACUGAAGGCGGGCCGCGGGCUGCAGAGGAGGGUCCGAGCCAGGAGGCACAGCAGCUGAGAGCAAGGGUGACAGAGCUAGAGGCGGAGCUUGCGAAGAGACAGGGCGGGGAAGGGGGUCAGAACGGCCAGGACAGUGACACAGUCAAACAGCUGACAGAGAAAGUGGAGGACCUCCAGGCUGCUCUGGCCCAGAAAGAGUCUAUGAAUGUAGAGGGGGAGAAAGACGGCGAAGGAGAAGAGUCGGAAACAGUGAAGUGCCUCCGUGACAAAGUGGCUGAGUUGGAGGCGGCCCUGGCAGAGAGCAGGAUAUCGGGGAAAGAGGGAGGAGCAACGAGAGAUGGAGAUCAGGUCCGUCGUCUCCAGGAGCGUUUGGGAGAGCUCGAGGGGCAGCUGAGGAAGAGUGUGCCCCGUUCUGAUUUGGAGGAGGUGCAGGUGACUCUAGGGCUCCAGUGUGAGCAGCUUGCCAGGGAGAGGGCCGACGUGGCUAGAAGGCUCAACGAUGCCCUCCUGGACCUGGAAAGACUCAGGCCUCCUCUGCGUGCUGAUGAUGAGGAGGAGGAAGAAGAGGAGGAGCACUCAGAGAGCUCAGAGCCCUCAGUCAUAUCAGAGCGCACCAGACGCACCUUGGCAGCAGUGAGAGAAGAGCUGGAAGUGGCAAGACAGGAAGCAGCCCAGGCUCUGGAUUGUCUGUGUGCAGAGCGAGAGGGCCGGGCACAGGACGCCCUGCAGCUGAAAGAUGCGGUGGCGCUCUCAAAACACAAGGAGGCGCUGUCCGCAGUAUCAGAACAGCUAGCUCAGACACUGCAGGAGCUCCAGGAGGAGAAGACCCUUCGUAGCCACGCUGAGGAGCAGGCUGCCGCACUAGAGGCCAAACUGAAGCCCAUGCAGGACGCCAUACCCAGAGAGGAGCAUGAGAAAAUCAAGGCAGAGCUCCAGCGCUCCCUGCAGGUCAGUGCGAGCAGUGCAGCAGCAGCACAGGACGCUCUCACUGAGAAGGAGAUGGAGCUUAGAGAGCUCAAGUCCCAGAAGGCCGCAGAACAGGGUCUGAUCUCUAAGGAGGACCACGAGGCCCUACGGCUCUCUUUGCAGGCUGAGAUCAACGCCAUCACCGCUCGCUUCAAUGACCUCACCCGCAAACAUGAGAAGACCUGCACCGAGGUGUUCCAGGUGCAGAGGGAGGCUCUCUUUAACAAGAGUGAGCGGCAGGUCGCUGAGUCCCAGCUGGUCACAGUGCAGCAGCAGCUUUCUGAACUGCAGGCGCAAUCCAGCCACAUCCAGGAGCUUCACAAGGACAUCCAGGAAUCCCAGGGCCUGGUCAAGGAGAAAGACCGUAAGAUAACAGAGCUGUCCAAGGAGGUGUUCCGGCUAAAGGAGGCCUUGGGAGCUCUCUCACCUCCUCUCGGCAUCACGUCCUCCUCCUCAUCCACCCAUCAUGGUAACCCUGGGCAGCAAGUGGCACUGCAGAACAGAAUUUCUAUACUCACCCAGCAGCUCCAGGAUUGGGAGAGGAAGCACAAACAGGUGGUGGCUGUAUAUCGCUCCCAUUUACUGGCAGCUGUACAGGGCCGAAUGGAUGAAGAGGUGCAGGGUCUGCUACUCCAAAUCCUGAGGAUGACACAGCAGGGACACUGAACCGUAAAACAUCUGCAAGUAUCUCUACACCUCCAGUCCCUCUACAGGUCAGAAUAAAGCAUCUCCAGCACAGCAACCUGUGGGACCAGUAUCAUAAAGAUCCCAUCCAGAAAGCCAAAUACAACUGAUCUGUGAUCAGACAUAGCU